AUGGUCAAAUAUAUAGAAAAGAGCGUUUCUCGGAGUGUGGAUGAGAUUUAUGAGCGUCUCUUCCGAAUCGGUAGCGCAAAGCCAUUCCCGGAAACUACGGAAGCCGUCAAAGAGUAUUGCUCUGAAAUCGAUACUGAAUCUGCCAGUGACAUAGCUACGUUCAAUACGUUUUACUCGACACUAAACGCUAAGGCCAAAGAGGUGGUGGUCGCUAACAAUCUAAAGAUUCAAUCUCUGGGCAAAGUAUUUUGCCUGGUGAACGAUCCAGUUAAACUUGCCCAAUCACUUAAUGCCAAAUUAAACAAAGUAAAAUUGUUGAGAGAAAAUGCUCUGGGUACGUUGGCUCAUCUGGUUGAUACAGGAGAGUCAAAAAUGGACCAAGUGCUCUGCACGGUGAAAGUUUAUACGGAUGAGAUGAUUAAUGCUUACGCUGAGAGCGAUAACAGCACUCGAGAGUAUGUCUUUAAGAUGAUGUCACGGCUCAGACACGCGUUGGAAACGGCGGCCAAAAUAUCGGUUAAAGCGGCCGAUAAGUGCGAUAUUAGUGAUGGCAAUAAACACGUGGUCAAACACCAAUCGUUUAUUUUACCCAUGCUUAUUGCUUUUAAUAAAUUUAUAGACACGGAUUCGACGGACGAAAUGAUGGACGAGUAUUACUACAAACAAUUUAUGUUAGGAAACGGAAAGCCAUUGCCGGACACCGACGACUCCAUUAAAGAAUACUGUUAUAGCAUAGACUCUUCGUCAAUACUAUCGACGAGAACCACAUUUUCUUCAUUACUGAACGCCAAAACACAAUCCGUGUAUUUAAAGCUAAAUCGAAAGGAAAUUAUGGACAACACAUUGAGCCUGUUUUGCAAAUACCCCGAUCAGGUGACACUCGCCCGACUCAUUAACAGCCGAUUGAGCGAGGCCAAACGACUUCAGGACAACGCCGUCGGUCAUUUGGUAGACUUGACCAAUAACGGCGAAACUAAAUUGUCCCUAGUGCUCUGCAUAAUUAACACUUACGCCAAUCAAAUGGUGAAUUUGUUUGAAAAUAAAGACGCGCGAGAGUUUGUCCGCAAACAGAUGAAUAUCUAUCGGGAAGUGUUGAACGAGAUCGAGAAAUUGACCAACAGGUUGGCUGACAAACAGUGUACCGGUAGUGAGUUGGCCGACGGUCACAAAUUAUUGGCCGGACAACACCAAUAUCUAUCAUUUAUGGUCCCAAUGUAUAAAGCGCUCAAUAAAUAUAUGAAUGAA